AUGACGAGCUACGUCCUAUUUCAGGAAUUUCAGACUUCCCAUAUUCUAUCCUCAUCCCAUGGCCAACCUGAGCAAAAAGGAGAAGAGUCUUUAGAAGUAGUGGCAGCAUGCCUGCCCUGUCCGGGGGCUAAAGAGACCGGGGUGACUAUAACUGGCUGGAGUCAGCUGGCUGUGGGAUCAAAGGCCUGCUACACAGCUGUGCUUGCUACAGAAGAUUCCUCCCCACCCCCUUCCGGCAGGCCCCCUGUUGGGACUCCAACACACCCCACACACAGUCACACAGCAGCCACUGUGCCUGUCCACGUGAAUGCAUACAGGUCCUGUGACAGAUCUGCUCGAAGCUUCGGUGUGUCUCACGGCCCUGGGACCGAGGCCACGGGGCCUGCUUCCAACGAAAGGCGAGCAGGGGGUGGGACCGCACCGGGAUUUUCCUUCCUCGCUCAUUCAUUCUCUGAUUCACUGGUUCCUGGAGGCGGUUCACAGGCGCGCGCGGAGGAAAGGCGGAGCAGGGAGGACAGCCCCGGCUGGGUGCGGUCCGGCGCCUGCAGGGAGGGUGAGCAGAGCCGGCGAGGGGGCGCGGGCGGGGGGCGCUGGCUGCGGGCGGACGCCCGGGAGGGGCGGGCGCGGCCGCCUGCGCCGGAAUCAGUCAGUCAGUCACGGUGCGCGCGGCGCGGGAGCUGCGGGCGCUCACGGCGUCUCCGGGGAAGGAGCGCCGCGCCUGAGGCGGCGGCGGGGUGGCGGCCGGAGCGUCGCGAGCGGCGGCUGUCCAGUCCGGGGCCGCUGGAGGAUCGAGCAGCUGCCGCGAUGGAGCAGCUAUCAGAUGAAGAAAUUGACCAUGGUGCUGAAGAAGACAGUGAUAAGGAAGAUCAGGACCUGGACAAAAUGUUUGGAGCCUGGCUAGGGGAGCUAGACAAACUCACUCAGAGCUUAGAUACUGACAAGCCCAUGGAACCAGUAAAAAGAUCUCCUCUUCGUCAGGAAACAAAUAUGGCCAAUUUUUCUUAUCGCUUCUCCAUAUACAACUUGAAUGAAGCUCUGAAUCAGGGAGAAACUGUGGAUCUGGAUGCCCUGAUGGCCGAUCUUUGCUCAAUAGAGCAGGAGCUCAGCAGUAUUGGUGCAGGAAAUAGUAAGCGUCAAAUCACAGAAACAAAAGCUACUCAGAAAUUACCUGCUAGCCGACAUACAACAAAACAUGGCACUUUGAAAGGAUUGUCUUCUUCAUCUAACAGAAUAACUAAAGCAUCACAUGCCAACUACUCCCUGGAUGACAUCACUGCACAGUUAGAGCAGGCUUCCUUGAGCAUGGAUGAGGCUGCUCAGCAAUCUGUUCCAGAAGACACUAAGCCCUUAGUAACUAAUCAGCACAGAAGAACAGCAUCAGCAGGCACAGUGAGUGAUGCAGACGUGCGCUCUAUUAGUAACUCCUCUCGUUCUAGCAUCACCUCCGCAACGUCUAGCAUGGACUCAUUGGAUAUUGAUAAAGUAACACGCCCUCAAGAGCUGGAUUUGACACAUCAGGGGCAACCAAUUACUGAGGUAAGUAGAUGCAACUUUUUCCCCUGGUAUUUUAGUAUUUAAAAAAGGAGGAAGUUAUAUUUUUCAAACAUAGUUUUAAUUAUCUUUUUUUCCCUACAUUUAAAAUUUGUCAAGGAUCCCUCUAAGCUAAGUUGUAAAAUAAGGCUAUAGAAGGAAUAUGUUACCAGAUAAUUAAAAGAGUUUCUUCAUUUUAUUCUUAGGUUGUUUGAAUCCCUUGAAUUAAUACCAUUUGUUUCACAUGAUUUAAAAACUUGAUAUGUGAUUU